AUGGCGGAAGUGGUGGAGGAGAAAAUGAAGCCAGACCUGGAGAGAAGCCGUUUCCCUCACUGUGUUGUGUGGACACCUAUCCCAGUGUUAACAUGGUUAUUUCCCUUCAUUGGUCACAUGGGAAUUUGUACAUCAUCUGGUAUAAUCCGAGACUUUGCCGGACCUUAUUACGUGUCUGAAGAUUGUAUGGCAUUUGGGAAACCAGUCAAAUACUGGCAAUUAGAUCCUAAUUUUGUCUAUGCCAGUGGUCCCAAUCCAUGGGAUACAGCUGUCCACGAAGCUUCUGAAGAGUAUAAACAUCGCAUGCACAAUUUAUGUUGUGACAACUGUCAUUCCCAUGUGGCUAUGGCGUUGAACCUUAUGAAGUACAAUAACACGAACUGGAACAUGGUGAAACUCUGUAUUCUGAGCUUGGUGUACAGUAAAUAUGUUAGGUGA